AUGAAGGAACCUAACCUCUACCUGACACUAAUAGCGACACUCAACGGCCUUCUCACCUGCCACGCAUUUCCAGGAUGGCCUGGCUCUGGCACCAUGAUCCUCGGCAAUGCUUUGCAGUUUAGCCAGUCUACCUGGGAAACAAAUCUUGCCACUCCCAAUGCAACGGGCAACUUCUCCGUCUCCGGCUUUGACAUCUCACAGCCCUGGCCCAGUCAGCAGGUCGGCGGCUGGAUGCUGUCUGUCAAUAUCAGCAGCGACAUCCCCGACUCAGAGAUGAUUAACACCAAUAACGCUACGGGUCACACCUUUACGGGCACGAGUUUGUUCCUCACAGCACCCCAAAAGAUGAGGUCGAGUGUCCUGUCUAGUGGGUCCAAUGUUACCGACGAGACAACGUGGAAAAUCUGCGUGUCGGUUAUGACGGACGGACCGCAGAAAGACCAGUCAGCCACGGAUAACGGGACGUGCAGUUACCUUUCUGCUCACUGUGUGGAAGAUCUUCAGACGGCAUAUGCAGACCAGUUCAAGCGAAACCAGGAUUGCUAUGCGUCACCGUCCAUACCAGCCAGCUGUGGUAACUCGGUUAACCAGGCUAGCAUAUCCACGAUCCAAUUCCCCAUUGGCUCUUUAGGCGGAAAGGAAAUACUCGUUACUGCCUCUGAUGCACACGAUGCGGGCAAUGACUCGGACUACAAUAGUGCCACGAAACAAAUCUGGCCGGUACUGACCGUCUGGGGUUGGAACAGACGGGCCAAUGCAUCUGAUGACGCUCAGCCGGCUGUGCAGCUCUCUUGCAUUCGGGCCAACUAUGUCCUUCCGGGUAGCGAUUCGCCUUCCUCAUCUGGAUCUGCAACUCAGGGAUCAGCUGUAUUUGCACUUGGUAUCGCUGGAGCGGCUAGUCUAGUGUUACUGUGA